GAGGCGAAUGGGGCAAAGGCAACACAUCGUCUCACUAGUGCUGUGAUGUAUUAUUUAUCUUCUUCCCUAUUUGUGUGAAGAUUCUUUUGAUUGGUCUAAUUGGUUCUCCUUUGCUAUCUUGUUGAGGCUCGUGUAUUGCAUUUCCUUUUUUAAAAAAACGAACGAACAAGCAAAAAUGAGCUAAGCUUAUUAGUGAUGGAUCCAACCUUUUUAGAGGUUAAAGAUUUGAUCUUCAUGCUCAUAGUUCAAAGGGGGGAAAGUGAAAAAAGAAGAGAGUGGUGGUUAAGAAUUGUCCUUUUCUUUACACAAACAAAUCAUUGAACUUCUCAGUAACUGUAAGAGCAAAAGACAGAGCCGUACUCUUUCAAAAUCAAAACUACCAAUAAGAAGAAGGAAAUUGCCAGAAUUUUCUUCAUCUCUCAUUUUCCAGUUUUCGAAUAUUAUUCUCUUUCACACCAUUUACGGUUAUGGGUAGCUUUCAUUUGAACGAUUUGAUUCCAUGGUUUUCUGUUUCUCUUCUGAUUGAGUCAGUUGAGAAGAAGGAAUCGAAAGCCAGAGACAAUGAGAAGCUUUGAAGAAGCUCUGGAAUUUCUCAGGCCUUUAGUAGAGAUCAAACUUUGGGAUUACUGCAUUGUUUGGAAAUCAAGAGAUGAUGAUUCUUUAAGGUUUAUCGAUUGGGUUGGUUGCUGCUGUAGCGGUGGAGUUUCUGGUGCCGGUGGGAAGGAGGAAGCUGGAGAGACGAUACCGGCUGCGCUUUGUAAAGAUACUCGAUUUCGACAUUUUAGAAGGACAAACGCUUGCCAAGCACUUGCUCAGUUUCCUUCUUCAAUAUCAUUAAACACUGGGGUUCAUGGUGAUGUUUCGAUUUCGAAUCAACCCAUGUGGCUAACAAGUGGUGAAGUUUCUUAUUUUUCAAGUUUUUCACAUGAGUUGACUGGAACUCGAGUUCUGAUUCCAGUUUCUGGUGGCAUUGUGGAGCUUUUUGCUACAAAACGUAUGCCAAGAGAGGGUGAGGUUAUAGACUUUGUAAUGGCUCACUGUAACUUCUCUCUGGGGCAAGAAUUUGAAACAGAGAGUGCAUUGAAUGCUGGACUCAAUGAGAAGAUACUUAAUUCAUCUACCAAAUACUAUUCACUAAACUGGCCUGAUCCUCAGGCCAUCCUUGGUUUCAAAUCCAAAUUAGAAACUCUUCCUUCAGUAUCUCAGUCCAGCUCCUUUCCUGGCUGUGGUGAAGGAUCAUCCAGUGGCUCAAAGCCUUCACCUGGACUCUUCAACCAACCAAUCCGCACGUCUUUUGAAUCGAAAGCGGGGAUGCGCCAAGAAGAUUUGCUAGAACAACAGAGGAAUGUGGUUUUGGAUCAUUCGAAGAUCUUGCAGAAAGAUGAAGCCAAAACUGGAGAGAAACAAGAAAAGGAAGUUUACAAAUCCAAGAAUCUCAUGACAGAGAGGAGGAGAAGAAACAAGAUUCGUGAUCGUCUUUACACUCUACGUGCUUUAGUUCCUAAUAUAUCCAAGAUGGAUAGAGCAUCAAUCAUUGUGGAUGCUAUCGGCUAUAUAAGAGAGCUGGAAGAGAAUGUGAAAAGCCUACAAAAUGAGCUCAUUCAGUUGGAGCACAAGGAUUGUCAAAAGAACAAACACUUGAAGGUUUCUCCAUUAGAGAAGACAAAUGAUGACAUUAAUAGUUGGCCUUUCGUUCAGGAUGAUCAACCUAUGUUUAUCCUUGAUGAGGAGAAGCCUAUGGAGGUGGAAGUCGAAGUGAUGCAAAUUAAUGAAAGAGAUUUCUUAAUCAAGCUAUUCUGCAAGCGGAAACAAGGCGGUGUAGUGAGCUCGAUUGAGGCGAUGGAUUCGUUAGGCUUGCAGGUUAUUGAUGUCAAUAUUACAACCUUUGGGGGCUAAUGAAAAUGACAUUCAACCAAAGAGAUUGAGAGACUCACUGAUCAAGCUAACAAGCUGAGAAAUCAGGCAAUUAGAAAUAGGCUGUAGAAAGGGAGAGUGUUUAUAACCGUAACUCGACGAUAUCAUGGUGGAAAGGGCAAUGGAUUGUCCAAAAGUUGCGCUGUAUAAUCACCUGCAUCAGUGACAUUAAUCUACUUGAGCUAGGAAACUUGUUAUUUCAUCAAAUGAGCCAAGGAAAUAUCAUUUUCUUUUUUUUGAAUAUUUAUGAACUGAAAAGGCUAAAAGAACAUUUUGUUUUCUA